AGAUCGCACCUGACACGCUUAACCGAGUGUCAGCUGCAUUAGCCUGGAAGCGGUUCGAAGGAACCCAUUCACAUGACCGCGUCGCCGACAUGCUUGUGGAUGUUUACACGGAGUUUGACCUGGACACACAGAAGGUCGUCGGCACCGUAACCGACAAUGGAAGUAACUUUGUGAAGGCAUUUAAAGAAUUCGGCAUUGAUAGCCAGAGUGAAGACAACAAAGCCCAGCUGAGGACACUCUCCAAGAAGCUCGACUUGACGACCUUCAGAGAUGCUGAGCUCGAAUUCUUGGAAGAGUAUCGCGACAUCAUAUAUCCAAUUGCCACAGCAAUCAAUAUUCUACAAAAAAGCACCAACGGCCACUAUGGCGAGCUCCUCCCGACACUGACCACUGUCCAAAAGAAGCUCAACGCGAUCCAGCCUAAAACCCGGACCAGCGCAGUAAUCUUGGACAGCGUUCGUGAAGGCCUACAUAAGCGGUUCGGAACCUUCUUAAGGAUGGAAAACGAAGAGGCCCUCAUCGCUACCUGCUCGCACCCGUUCUUCAAGUUGAGGUGGACAUCGAAGGAAGAUGGCAGGGCUUCGAACUUGGAGGACCUCCUGGUGCGUGCGGCUGAAACCUGUGGUUUCGUACCGGAGCCCUUGCCUGAGGAGGAGUCUUUCCCGGCACCCGAAGACUCGUUCUUUGAGUUCGAUGUGCAGACCCCUCCACCGAGGACCCCACAGCACCAUCUCCGGGCCGAAGUCUACAGAUACCUAGAGGACCAAAGGCAUGAGAUGUGCAUGCUCCACGACUUCCCGCCGUGAAAGCGGUUUUUCUUCGGUUCAAUACGAACCUGUGUUCCUCGGCAGCAGUUGAGCGCCUAUUCUCUUUUGCCAAUAUGACGCUGCGCCCGAAUCGGCAACGCCUCACAGAUGGGCUAUUUGAGAAGCUCCUACUCCUCAAGUGUAACUGAAUUUAGGACUGCCAUGUUUUCCCUUUGUAUCGCUUUAAUGUUGCAUGUUUUUAUUUUGUAUCGCUUGAAUGUCAAAUAAAAGACGAAGCAAGAAUGA